GGAGAUAGUAACAGAACCUACACAGUUUGACAAUGGAAGAUAUAGAAGAAGCGCUGUUCCUUCAUCAGAGCGAUGGCCCAAUGCUGAAAUACCAUUUGAAUUUGCUCCCAGCGUGAAGCAUAAUCUCAGGACAAGAGUCAGAAAAGCCAUGAGAAUUUGGCAAAAGUAUACCUGCGUGCAGUUUCGGCACAAAAGACAUAAUGACAAAAAAUGGGUUCGUAUUCAAUAUGGCGGCUGUUAUUCCAUGGUUGGAAUGGCCGCUCCUGCUCAACCUCUUGUCUUAGGACCCAAUUGCGAUAAGAUUAGAUCGAUUUUACAUGAACUAGGACAUUGCAUGGGAUUAAAUCAUGAACAUAGCCGCCCGGAUCGUGAUCAUUAUAUAACCGUAUAUCGACACAGAAUAAAUAGUUACCAUAAUUUCGAGAAAAUCAGCCGCGACAAAGCAUUCACUUUUGGUAUACCUUAUGACUAUUACAGCAUCAUGCAUUAUCACAGCCGCAAGUCGUCAGAGGUGGUUGGUGUCCAAGAGGUGGUUGGUAUUCAAGAGCUCGUUGGUGUCCUAUCUGCUCAUUACGAUUUUCAUGUGAUAUCAUAUGGUUCACUUAAACUGGGCCAAAUUAAAAAGAUGACUAGAUGUCAGAAAUCUGAUUCCGAUUCCCCUGUUGCAAUCCUUGAAAGCAUACCAAAAAUUUCAACUGGAACGCAAUCCAAUCUAGGAGCUUUUCCUGAUCUCAGUUUACGUAAUGCCAGAUUUACUUCAUCAAUGGAAGGUUUAUCAUUCAAUGUGUUGCACUAUAUCUCUUUGUGGAGUGUUGUUUAUGUCCAUAUUCACUACAGACAGAUCUUGGAAAAGAUCUGCAAAAAUUUCGCGAAUAGUUACGAAGACAAUAUUGUCACUAAAGAUAAAAGAAUGAUGUCCGUUAUCGGGAGAUAUGAAAACCUAAGCUUCUACAAUUACAAAUUGGUUUACAUGAUGUAUAAUUGUGGUGCGAAAUGUCCCAAAAAACGAUGUCCAGGCGAAGGCUUCCCUGCAAAAAAUUGUAUUUGCUACUGUAAGACAAACACUCCUAAAGACCCUAUAAGGAAAUGUUCUGAGACUGAAUGUCGAGACUUAAUUUUCACGUGUCGGCUGCAUGCUAAAAAUAAUGGAUGUACACGCAUGUAUCAUCAUAUGUCGAAGAGCUGCAGGAAAACAUGCGGAAUAUGCCCGGGAAGCAACAUACAUCAUAGGAAAGAAAAUAUAUUUUUAACUCGCAUUUCUUUUCCCGUGUUCCGCGACAAAAGUCAGCGCUAUCAUAUCUAUAAAAACAAAUCUGUGAAAUGUCGAAUACUUCCUUCUUUGUGUCAAUUUGCCAAAGGAGAGAAUCAUCUGAUGCGUAAUUUGGGAGAACAAGUAGCUGACAAAUGUGGUUGUAAGGAAACUGAAAUGAUUGUCAAUGAAGGGGAAGGAAUAAAUGAAUAA